AAUUGGGCUGAACCUCAGCAAAAAACUUUACCAAAGCUCAACUCAUUUUCUAAACAGAUCUUAUAUUUUACUCAAACUCUUUCUCGGAUUUCCCGAUCGGGCUGGUGGCCUACAACUCGAUAAGAGUGGAAAAUAAUGUUCAGAAUAUUAGCUGUACAGUUUUCUCUCUUUCCUUUUUGUUCCUUGUCAAUUAUUAGUCAAUUAAUUAGAUCGGAGAACAAUCAAUCAAAUGGAGUUAGGGGAACUGUGGGCGAUCUUCGGUCCCGGCGUCGCUGGCGCAGUGUUCGGUGCCGGCUGGUGGUUUUGGAUCGACGCCGUCGUAUGCAGCUCCGUCAAUGUCUCUUUCAUCCACUAUUUACCUGGAAUAUUUGCUUCUAUCGCGGCUUUGAUGUUCAAUUGCGUUAGGAAAGAGGAUAUUGAUUACUCUCCUUAUGAUGAAGGCGAGUGGAGGUUGAAGCUCUGGCUCUUCUUUGCUUAUGUUGUAUCCUUUGUCUCACUAGCUGCUUCAGUUGGCCUCUUGAUACAAGACUCACUAGUGAAAUCUGGUCCUUCAGUGUGGACUGGUACUGCAGGCAUCUUACAGUGUGUGUUUGUCUUAAUCAGUGGGCUGAUAUAUUGGACUUGUCACUCAGAAUAACACAUAUAUAUCCAACCUAAUCCGGUGUUUACAGUUUGGAGCCUGGAACAGGCAACGUAGAAUGUAUCCUUUGUAAUUAAUCAAUGGUUUAAGAUGGUUAGAAAAUUGUUUCACUUUCAUAAAUAUUGUAUUCUACUGUCAUGAGUUUGAUUAUGAAAGAAGGAUUGAUCCUCUUCCCUUUUGGAUAUUUGUGUGAUGAUGCUUUUUCAAGUCUAAUUUUCAACCACCUGCUUUUGUGAA